AUCUAUUGCAAGUGGUUCUUGGGCACUAGGUUCAGAGGCAGUGGAGGCUGGAAGGGCCCAUGAACAAGAUAUUGGCAUGGGGGUUGGCCAUGCUGGGCUGUAUUAGUCCAAUCUGACGCUGCUAAUAAAGACAUACCCAAGACAGGGUAAGUAAUUUAUAAAGGAGGCCGGGCAUGGUGACUCACGCCCGUAAUCCCAGCACUUUGGGAGGCCGAGGUGAGCGGAUCACCUGAGGUCAGGAGUUUGAGACCAGCCUGACCGACAUGGAUAAACCUCGUCUCUACUAAAAAUACAAAAUUAGCUGGGUGUGGUGGCACAUGCUUGUAAUCCCAGCUACUCGAGAGGCUGAAGCAAGAGAAUUGCUUGUACCCAGGAGGUGGAGGUUGCCGUGAGCCGAGAUAGUGCCACUGCACUCCAGCCUGGAGAACAAGAGUGAAACUCUGUCCAAAAAAAAAAUUAUAAACGAAAGAUGUUUAAUUGACUCACAGUUCCACAUAGCUGGGGAGGCCUCACAAUCGUGGCAGAAGGCAAAUGAGGAGCAAAGUCACAUCUUACAUGGCAGCAGGCAAGAGAGUGGGUGCCGGGGAACUCCCCUUUAUAAAACCAUCAAAUCUCAUGAGACUUAUUCACUAUCAUGAAAACAGCACAGGAAAACCUGCCCCUGUGAUUUAAUUACCUCCCACCGGGUACCUCCCAUGACACGAGGGAGUUAUGGGAGCUGCAAUUCAAGAUGAGAUUUGGGUAGGGACACAGCCAAACCAUACUAUGGGCCAUAGAAUUAUCACCCUUUUCACACUUACCCCCCAGGCUUGGAGUUAGUGACCAGCAAUCUGCCUUUCUCUGCACAGAGGGGCAACUGGGUCAGAUUCAGGGUCUCCAGAAAAAGUUGGGGCCCAGGGAUAGAUUCAGGAGGAACCCACAUAGUUUUCCAGAGGAUAAGACUCUCAGCGGGGCACGGUGGCUCACGCCUGUAAUCCCAGCACUUUGGGAGGCCGAUGAGGGCAGAUCACCUGAGGUGGGGAGUUUGAGACCACCCUGACUAAUAUGGAGAAACCCCAUCUCUACUAAAAAUAAAAAAUUAGCCAGGUGUGGUGGUGCAUGCCUGUAAUCCCAGCUACUCGGGAGGCUGAGGCAGGAGAAUUGCUUGAACCUGGGAGGCAGAGGUUGUGAUGAGCCAAGAUCAUGCCAUUGCACUCCAGCCUGGGCAACAAGAGCUAAACUCCGUCUCAAAAAAAAAAAGACUCUCACUCCCGUUAACCAUUACCCCACUGCUUCCACAGCGUCUUCAAGGAGGCGGGACCUGGGAGGGGAUGGGUGGGAGGAUCAGUGGCUGUGAUGAACCUUGUCCCUACCCCGAGCACUGGGUUGCUGAUCCAGCUAUGGAGAAAGCCGCAGAUCUGCAGGACACAGACUCGUUAACUCUGAAGUUUAAGUUUAACCCGAAGCUGGGCAUUGAUAAUCCCGUCCUCUCCCUGGCCGAUGACCACGACCCCUAUGGUAACUCCCUCACCCCCUGGCAACCAUUCCCUUUCCCUGGAGGCACCACGGCUCCACACGGCCUCCGAUCUCCUUGGUAACCACUCACUCGGUCUCCCUCUGAUGACAGCCUUGGUUGGGAGUAGAGAUAGGAGGGACCGGGCAUUUUCUCCUGUCCCAGUCCCUCUGCCCACCAACCCCACCACCCAACACCCAACCAGGCAGAAACUGCCCAGCACCCUAUCAGGACACAGGGUCUGCCAGGCACACGGCGAACCUGUACUUGGGCUGUGCCCUCUCCUCCCCCUUUUCUGCUGCCCACCUCACCCUCCAGAUCCCUGGAGCCUGGAGCGGCCUCGCUUCUGUUUACUGAGCAAAGAGGAGGGCAAGAGUUUUGGCUUCCACCUGCAGCAGGAGCUGGGCAGGGCUGGGCAUAUGGUGUGCAGGGUGGACCCAGGCACCUCUGCCCAGCGCCAGGGUCUUCAGGAAGGAGACAGGAUCCUGGCGGUGAACAAUGAUGUUGUGGAACAUGAAGACUAUGCGGUGGUGGUACGCCGCAUCCGGGCCAGCAGCCCUCGGGUGUUGCUGACAGUAUUGGCACGGCAUGCACAUGACGUGGCCCGAGCUCAGCUGGGAGAAGAUGCCCACCUCUGUCCCACCCUAGGCCCAGGGGUCCGGCCCCGGCUGUGCCACAUAGUGAAAGAUGAGGGUGGUUUUGGCUUCAGUGUCACCCAUGGCAAUCAGGGUCCUUUCUGGUUGGUGCUAAGUACUGGAGGAGCAGCUGAGCGGGCAGGGGUGCCCCCCGGGGCCCGGCUGCUGGAAGUGAAUGGGGUCAGCGUGGAGAAGUUCACUCACAACCAACUCACCAGGAAGCUUUGGCAGAGUGGACAGCAGGUGACCUUGCUGGUGGCAGGGCCAGAGGUGGAAGAACAGUGUCGCCAGCUGGGAUUGCCCCUGGCUGCACCCCUGGCAGAGGGCUGGGCACUGCCCACCAAGCCCCGCUGCCUGCACCUGGAGAAAGGGCCCCAGGGUUUUGGGUUCCUGCUCCGGGAGGAAAAGGGCCUUGACGGUCGCCCUGGACAGUUCCUGUGGGAGGUGGACCCGGGACUGCCAGCCAAGAAGGCUGGGAUGCAGGCUGGGGACCGGCUGGUGGCUGUGGCUGGGGAGAGCGUGGAGGGGCUGGGCCAUGAGGAGACGGUGUCCAGGAUCCAGGCGCAGGGCUCCUGUGUCUCCCUCACUGUCGUCGACCCUGAGGCGGACCGCUUCUUCAGCAUGGUUCGCCUAUCCCCACUCCUCUUCUUGGAGAACACAGAGGCUCCCGCCUCGCCCCAGGGCAGCAGCUCAGCCUCACUGGUUGAGACAGAGGACCCUUCACUUGAAGACACAAGCGUGCCUUCUGUCCCUCUUGGCUCCCGACAGUGCUUCCUGUACCCUGGGCCUGGUGGCAGCUAUGGCUUCCGACUCAGUUGUGUGGCCAGUGGGCCUCGUCUCUUCAUCUCCCAGGUGACUCCAGGAGGCUCAGCUGCCCGGGCUGGGCUGCAAGUGGGAGAUGUGAUUCUGGAAGUGAACGGGUAUCCUGUUGGGGGACGGAAUGACCUGGAGAGGCUUCAGCAGCUGCCUGAGGCUGAGCCACCCCUCUGCCUGAAGCUGGCAGCCAGGUCUCUGCGGGGCUUGGAAGCCUGGAUUCCCCCUGGGGCUGCAGAGGACUGGGCUCUGGCCUCGGAUCUGCUGUAGAGCACCCCUGCUUGGUACAGACAUACUCAGGGGCUACUGUAUCUUCACUCUCCAGCCCGAGGUGGUGAAGGCAGGAUGCUCUCUCUAAGCCAGACCAGAGGGACUCAGACACCACCGAUCACAGGCUGGCCCAGGUGCUCCCUCCCUUCCUGCAGGCCCACCUGCCAGCAGAGGGUGUGGUUGGAGGCCUCAGACAGGUCCCUGAAGGAGUCUGAGGCUCCAGAGGAUGUCAUAUGGGAGUUUUGGGGAGCUGUGUCCCAAGGAUGAAGGUGUGGCUGUGGGUCUGGCUAGGAUUGAAGCCAUCUGGACCUUUUCUAGAUAUGACUCCAGGACCCUUGAGUGUAAUGCAAAAAUUUGGAGACCAGCUAUGCCUGCCCUCUGUGGGUGCCUUAGCAUUGCGGGAGGGUGGUGCUUGGUCACCGUUGCAUUUGUUAUAGAAAUGGCCGUUCCCCAUAAAUCUGACUGCCUGUGUUUGUGUUGGUGGGGGUAAGGGGCAGUGGUGUGAAGGGACCAAAAGGGCCUCAGGCUCAAGGGGUGGGAUGUGGCUCCUGCAGGAGAGAGGUUGAGACCUGGUCAAAUUUCUUUCCUAUCAAUCACUGAAUCUCAGGGAUAAUGGGUCAACCCAGAACUGAGAUGUCUGUAUGACAGCCACUCCUAAAAUCAACAACAACAAAAAAAAACAAAAAAAGAAGAAAACUAAAUAAAAAUAAAAAUAAGAUCCACUUCUCUCUGCCAAACGGCCGGAGCUC